CCCCCCCCCCCCCCCCCCCAACCCCCCCAACCUGAAAGUUUGAUAAAUGGAGGUCGGGCUACUUGUUUUCAUUGUAAUUUUACCACUUCUAUCAACCAUUGCCAUAUCGAUCCGAUUUAACGUUGAAUCAGGUUUCACCAAAUGCAUAACCGACGACAUUAGAAUCAAAUCUUUGACAGUUGGUGAGUACUCCGUAGUUAAUCCGAAUGAAGGACAACCUUUGCCUGGACAUCAUAGAAUCUAUGUUGGGGUUUUCUCUGAAAAUGAAAAACGGUUUCAUGACGCAAGAGAUGUGGAGUCUGGACAAUUCGGGUUUGUAGUGACGGAGGAUGGGAAACAUCUUGCUUGUUUUGCCACCAUCAACCACGAGCCACCGGUUAACACCAGUGUAGAUUUCACUUGGAGGUCUGGUGUGGCUGCUGAAGCUUGGACCAAGGUCGUCAAGAAAGGUUCUGUUGAUGCUAUGGAAUUAGAGUUGAAGAAAAUGGAAGACACAAUUAAGUGGAUUCAUGAGGAGAUGUUAUAUCUUCGAGAAAGGGAACAACAGACGCUAAAGCAAAACAUGAAAACAAACUCCAUAAUGGGAUGGUCGAGUUUGGUUUCGCUGUUUAUUUGUUUGUCGGUGGCGGGCUUGCAAUUAUGGCACUUGAAGUCGUUUUUUGAGAAGAAGAAGAUUAUUUGAUUUAGCAAAACAUCUAUUUGUAUUGUUUCACGUUUUAAACUUGAGCAAUAGUUAUGUUCAAACCCGACAAGGCACUUAUUUUCUGCAUCUGUGUACUACAUAUCAAUAUGCCAAAAUAGACUGGAUUUUAAUCUUC